AUGUCUGACAUAUCCAAAAGGGCAUUUGUUGAGCUUGCCGUUGAUGGCAGCAACUACUUGACUUUGGCCUUGGAUGUUGAAAUCUACAUAGAUUCUUGUGAUUUAAGCAGCACUAUUGAUCCAGCUUCUCAGAGCACCUCUGCCCAGAAGGCAAAGGCAUUAAUUUUUCUUCGUCAUCAUCUCAACAAAGACCUGAAAAAUGAGUACCUUACUGAAAAAGAUCCUGCUAUUCUCUGGCAAUCCCUAAAGGAUCGCUUUGACCAACAGACGACUAUUAUGCUUCUGCAACUGAAGCUCUGUAAGCAGAACAUUACAGAGGAUGAAUUGAUUGAAAAGACCCUCUUUACAUUCCAUGCAAUUGGUUCACAAACUGUGCCUAAAGCACAUGCCACAAAUCAGAGUAAUACUCAUGGACGUGGACAUGGUAGAGGUCGUGGACGUGGUCGCGGGUCUUAUUGUGGUGGUAGAGGUCGUGGUCGUCGCAAUGCUUAUGGUCUUCAGGACCGUGGCAAGGGUCAGAACAAGGAUAGAUCUCCUUCAAACAAGCCUAACUCUCAUCAACAGGUUGCUAAUAACAAGCAAGCUUGCUAUCGAUGUGGAUGUGAGGACCACUGGUCUCACACAUGUCGUACACCGAAACAUUUGGUUGAGGCCUAUCAGAGAAUGAUGAAGGACUCAAAGGGGAAGUCAAAACAAGGUGAAAAACAUCAUGCCAGUUUGCCUGAAGCAAACAUGGCCCUAAAAGAUGACAAUUAUGAUGAUAACCUGAAUCUGGACGAUGAUGACUUAUUGAAGAUGGAGCUUGAUGAUUUUGAUGACCAGGACUGA